AUGUCUGAUUUCGAAACCAAACGCGUGGAACAUGAGACCGCAGAGCUCGAGGCAAAGGGCCAUAUGGGCAGCCAGUCGCAUCACGCCGAAUCUCCAUCGGAAGAAAAGAUAGUCGACGAGAAGCGUCGACCGCUAGACGAAGAGGCCGACCAUGCGCAUGGAGCAAAGGACGACGUUUAUGAUCCUAACAUUCGCGACCCAUUCCCAAUCGAUCCGGAUCUACCAGAAGAGACGCACCAACUGACUUUACGUGCCCUGUUGGUUGGAGCACUGCUCGGAUGUGUCGUUGGCGCGUCGAAUAUCUAUCUCGGAUUGAAGACGGGCUUUACUUUCGGCCCACAGCUCUUUGGUGCUAUUUUCGGCUUCUCGAUCAUCAAAGCAAUGAGCAAGGCGCUUCCAGGAAGCGGGAUCCUGGCCAAGAUGGGACUCGGAGGAUACUUUGGACCCAAGGAAAACGUAACAGUACAAACUGCUGCGACAUCUGCUGGUGGUCUUGGUAUCCUAUUCGUCUCAGCUGUGCCAGCCAUGUACAGGCUCAACCUGCUCUCGCCUGAUCCCAAGUCGGACUUUGGACGCUUGAUCGCGCUCACUGUCGCGUGUGCUUACUUUGGCGUGUUCUUCGUGAUCCCUCUCCGAACAUACUUUAUCAUCCGCCAGCGCCUCGUCUUCCCAACACCCACUGCGACCGCAUUCACUAUCCGCUCUCUGCAUUCUGGUCCACAUGGAGAGCUAGUUGCGAAGAAGAAAUCCAAGGCCCUCGCCGGCUCGCUCUUCUUCUGCUUCGCCUACAAGAUCUUGAACGGUUACCUCCCUGGCAUCUUCCUUGACUGGCACAUCGGAUGGACGCUCUACCAGCUUGGGUGGUCCGAGGCGAUCAAACUCGAAAACUUUGGCUGGAUUAUCGAAUUCACGCCCGCGUUCUUCGGUGCUGGAAUUCUUUCCGGUCUCAAUGCUAGUUGGAGCUUCUUCAUGGGUAGUGUUCUCGCUUGGGGUAUCAUCGCUCCGAGCAUCGUCAAGACUGGUCAGGCAACUGGCGUCGUCAUUGACGAAUCCGUGCCAAAGUACAUUAGCUACUAUAGCAUGCGCUUCACGACCGACGAGAGCGGAACCCGCAAUGCGCCAUCACCUCGCUACUGGCUUCUCUGGCCAGGUGUUUUGAUGAUGUUGGUGUUCUCAUUCUUCGAGAUUGGAAUGUCGUCUCGACAUGCUUUCUGGACUGCUCUCAAGAGCACCCGUGGUGCUGGAGGUGCAUUCAAGCGAAUUUUCGCCAAGCGUGACCCCAAUGCUGUCCGCGACGAGAACGAUCCCGACCCGUCACCACUUGAAGACCGCAUCAAGACGUGGUGGUGGGUCAGCGGUGUCAUCGUCUCUAUCAUUAUUUCAUGUGCUCUCAUGGCUACCCAGUUCAGCGUUGGAGUCGGCGAAACCAUCUUGGCCCUUUUGCUCGGUUUCAUCUUCUCGUUCAUCGGUGUCCAAUCUGCAGGUGACACUGACAUUAACCCCGUGUCUACUUGCGCCAAGGCUUCUCAGCUUGUAUUCGGAGGUGUCAGCAAAGGUCAAGGACUCGGCACAAACCAAGCUCAACUCAUGAACUUGGUCGCUGGUUCCCUCGCUGCUGGAGCAGCCGCUCAAGCCACCGACAUGACCGGAGACCUCAAGACUGGACACCUUCUACGUGCCAAGCCAAAGAACCAGUUUGCGGCUCAGCUGUUCGGCACCACCAUUGCCAUCUUCUUGAGUGCAGGUCUCUUUGUGCUCUUCACCAAGGCUUCUCCCUGCAUUAUCACUGGUGACCUACCAUGCCCAUACGGAGCACCGAGUAUCAGCGCCUGGGCCGCCGUCGCAUUUGCCGUCACGGCUCCCAGCCUGCCCAUCCCCGCAAGCUCUGGCUGGACGGCAAUUGCACUUGCCAUUGUCACUGCGGUUUCCGUCGUCGCCAAGCAUCUCUGGCUCCCUCGCAAGUACUGGGUUUGGUUCCCGAACUGGAACGCCGUCGGUCUCGCCUUUGUCGUCCCGCAGCUUCAGUAUUCUAUUGCCAUGGCCUUUGGAUCGCUGUUCGCCUACAUCUGGGCGAAGAAGGCACCAAAGAACUACGACAUGUACGGAUUCGCCAUUUCGGCAGGCAUGUUGGCUGGCGAGGGACUCGGAGGUGUCAUGCAGGCGUUGUUGAACGUCGCAGGUGUGAUGGGCGAAGGAUACGGUCUCGCUGUUGGAUGUCCACUGAACCAAUUCUGUGGAUAA